CCUACAUCUCCCAGGUUCAAGCGAUUCUCCUGCCUCAGCCUCCCGAGUAGCUGGGAUUACAGGUGCGACACCACCCCCGGCUAAUUUUUGUGUUUUUAGUAGAGAUGGGGUUUCGCCAUGUUGGCCAGACUGGUCUCGAGCUCCUCACCUCAGUGAUCCUCCCGCCUCAGCCUCCCAAAGUGCUGGGAUUACAGGACUGAGCCACCAAGCCCGGCCUGGGUUUUGUUUUAUUGUUCAGUAGGGUGGAACAUAAUAUCUAAACCUGGGCCCUACCUACCUGGUGCUCAAAAGUGGAAUGACGGUACCUAGCCAACCUUUCACAAAGGACAGAGAGCUACUCAAUGGACCGCUGAACCCUUAAAGACUGGGAACCGGAACCGCGGGUGAGUGGGACUGAAUCACAGAACAAGCGUUUUCCACGCUUCGCCGACGUGCUGAGUCCCAAGUUAUAAAGACAGGAACAUCCAAGCUGCUCUCGUGGGCUGACAUGGACGCGAAGGGACCUACAGUGGCCUUGGGCCCAGCAGGCAGCGAGUGCAACGUGACUACCCACAGUCCAGCCCCUGGGGCCCAGAUCUACAGAACCGACCAGACGUGACAGCCCUUUAGCUGGGGCUGCAGUCCCACGAUCCACACAACGACUCUGUCUCCGCAGACGCGCCAACCACCCACGGAGGCAAGAAACUGCAGAAAAUGAAACGAAAGGGAGCCCAGUGCCGGGCGGCGCUGAGCAGCUCCCCCAGCGGCCACCGUCGUCAACAUCACCGCGUAGGGGUUUGAACCGCAGCGCGCUUCCAGAGGUCAACGGUUGCGCGGCACACGCGCGCGCAUGCGUCCUGACCAGGGGAACCUUUUCUUGGGGACCCGGAGGCGAGCGCUGGAGGGCGGGAUAGUGGCGAGCCACCCGCAGGAGUUUCCGGCGGCGCGUAGUCGUGAUUGGUGGAGCCUGGGAGAGGGGGCGGGGCAACGGGGAAUUCGAAUGGGAGAGGCGGGCCCAAGGAGGGAGGGGAAUGUCGGCGGGGGUCUCGACGCAGCUGAGGCAGCGCGAGAUGGCGGCAGCGGCAGCGGCGGCUACCUCAGCAAAUACUUCCUGAGGGCCUACUCCGCGCCAGGUGUUGGGGUUAGAAAGGAGCUGGUCGCUGUCGGCUAAGCAAGAUUGGGGCUAGUCGUCGUCCACCUCCAGCUCGCGUAAGGGUGGCUGUGCGACUGCGGCCAUUUGUGGAUGGAACAGCUGGAGCAAGCGAUCCCCCCUGUGUGCGGGGCAUGGAUAGCUGCUCUCUAGAGAUUGCUAACUGGAGGAACCACCAGGAGACUCUCAAAUACCAGUUUGAUGCCUUCUAUGGGGAGAGGAGUACUCAGCAGGACAUCUAUGCAGGUUCAGUGCAGCCCAUCCUAAGGCACUUGCUGGAAGGGCAGAAUGCCAGCGUGCUUGCCUAUGGACCCACAGGAGCUGGGAAGACGCACACAAUGCUGGGCAGUCCAGAGCAACCUGGGUUGAUCCCGCGGGCUCUCAUGGACCUCCUGCAGCUCACAAGGGAGGAGGGCGCCGAGGGCCGGCCAUGGGCCCUUUCUGUCACUAUGUCCUACCUAGAGAUCUACCAGGAGAAGGUAUUAGACCUACUGGACUCUACAUCGGGAGACCUGGUGAUCCGAGAAGACUGCCGGGGGAACAUCCUGAUUCCGGGUCUCACCCAGAAGCCCAUCACUAGCUUUGCUGAUUUUGAGCGGCACUUCCUGCCAGCCAGUCGAAAUCGGACUGUAGGAGCCACCCGGCUCAACCAGCGCUCCUCCCGCAGUCAUGCUGUGCUCCUGGUCAAGGUGGACCAGCGGGAACGUUUGGCCCCAUUUCGCCAGCGAGAGGGAAAACUCUACCUGAUUGACUUGGCUGGGUCAGAGGACAACCGGCGCACAGGCAACAAGGGACUUCGGCUAAAAGAGAGCGGUGCCAUCAACGCCUCCCUGUUUGUCCUGGGCAAGGUGGUAGAUGCGCUGAAUCAGGGCCUCCCUCGUGUACCUUAUCGGGACAGCAAGCUCACUCGCCUAUUGCAGGACUCUCUGGGUGGCUCAGCCCACAGCAUCCUUAUUGCCAACAUUGCCCCUGAGAGACAUUUCUACCUAGACACAGUCUCUGCACUCAACUUUGCUGCCAGGACCAAGGAGGUGAUCAACCGGCCUUUUACCAAUGAGAGCCUGCAGCCUCAUGUCUUGGGACCUGUUAAGCUGUCUCAGAAAGAAUUGCUUGGUCCACCAGAGGCAAAGAAAGCUCGAGGCCCUGAGGAAGAGGAGAUUGGGAGCGCUGAGCCCAUGGCAGCUUCAGCCUCUGCCUCCCAGAAACUCAGCCCCCUGCAGAAGCUAAGCAGCAUGGACCCGGCCAUGCUGGAGCGCCUCCUGAGCUUGGACCGUCUGCUGGCCUCCCAGGGGAGCCAGGGAGCCCCUCUGUUGAGUACCCCAAAGCGAGAGCGGAUGGUGCUCAUGAAGACCGUGGAAGAGAAAGACCUGGAGAUUGAGAGGCUUAAGAUGAAACAAAAAGAACUGGAGGCCAAGGUGUUGGCCCAAAAGGCUGAAGACUCAAAGGAAAAGGAGAACCAUUGUCCCACGAUCCUCCGGCCCCUUUUGCAUCGCACAGUCACAGUGGCAAAGCCCCUGAAAAAGGCUGUGGUGAUGCCCCUACAGCUAAUUCAGGAGCAGGCAGCAUCCCCAAAUGCCGAGAUCCAUAUCCUGAAGAAUAAAGGCCGGAAGAGAAAGGUGGAGUCCCUGGAUACCCCAGAGCCUGAGGAGAAGGCUGAGGACUGCUGGGAGCUACAGAUCAGCCCGGAGCUACUGGCUCAUGGGCGCCAAAAAAUACUGGAUCUGCUGAACGAAGGCUCAGCCCGGGAUCUCCGCAGUCUUCAGCGUAUUGGCCCGAAGAAGGCUCAGCUAAUCAUAGGUUGGCGGGAGCUUCACGGCCCCUUCAGCCAGGUGGAGGACCUGGAACGCGUGGAGGGCAUAACGGGGAAACAGAUGGAGUCCUUCCUGAAGGCAAACAUCCUGGGUCUCGCCGCCGGCCAGCGCUGUGGCCCCUCCUGACCGUCGUCUCUUCACUCCGCCUUUUUAAAUCCUUGUAUAACCCCGUGUUGUGUAAAUACAGUUUUUGCUCUGGUG